AUGGACCCCAAUGCCGCCGCCCGUGUCGUCGGCGAGGCAGCCGACAGCAGAACCUCGGCCGGCGAUCCCUUCAUGAAGAUGCCCGUCGAGCUUCACAAGUUCAUCCUUGACGACCUCGACGACCGGCGCGACGUCUACGCCAUCAGCCGGGCGUCUCCCAUCAUGGCCAAGACCGCCCGGGGCACCCACGGCAUCCUCGAGCAGCUUCUCCAGACAGAGCUCGGCCCGGCACAACUGCGCGCGCUCCUCCCCGACGCGCUCGCCGCCCUCAUGUUCCCGACCGCCCUCUGGUAUCCUUCCGACGCCGCCAAGAAGGCCGCGAUCCUCCAGCACCUCCGGGACUGGAAGUCGAACCGCCUCGGAGACCGCGCCAGCGACGACGACAAGGCGGCCGCGCACGUCUUCAUCCAUCGGCUCGCGAUCCCCUUCGCCGAGGACUUCGCCGCCCUCACGGGGACCGUCGACAACGUCGACGACCAGAUCCGCCUGCCCGCGUGGGCUCACGACCGACGGUCCAAAAAGGCCCCCCGGCCCGCCGCGGAGAUCUGGCGCUACGAGCCCGAGGAGCGCGUCCGCCUUCUCCGGGCGUUCUGCCGCUUCGAGCUCCUGAGCAAGGUCAUCCGCGCCCGCCCCGGCGCUCAGCUCUGGACCCUCGCCGAGCAGCGCCACAUCUUGAACGCCUUCUUCGAGGCCUGGGAGGUGGAGGAGGUCCUCUGCGUGCAGAUGUACGUCGGGGAAAUGCACACCAUUCUCUUCGAGACGCACGUCGUCGACGUCCUUGAUACGAUGUCUUCCAUCUCCAUCAUCUCCCGCCUUCUCGACCCUGCGCGCGUUGGUCAAUCCGUCCGUCUGCGCCGCGGACCGUUCGAGGACUAUUACGAGGCUGAUGAUGACGAGACCAAUGAAUACAAGACUGACAAAGACGAGAUCGACGAACACCACGACGAGUCCCAUACCGCGUCCGCAGGUAGCGACGCCCACACGGACGGUUCCUCCGAGGUCUCUUCCUCCCCCUACGACGACGACGACGACGACGAAUCCUCCGCCUCCGACUCGGCCGACGACGACGAGACGGCAUGGUUCACCAAGACCGGCACCGAGCCCAACCCCGGCACCCCCUGCGCCAAGUUCGAGCUGGCCGGCCACGAGAAACACGCCACUUUCGUCAAGCAGACGGCGACCUUCGGCCUCGCCUUCCUCAAGCACUUCCUCCGCUCCGACGCGCCGACCUACAGCCGCUGGAUCCGCGCCCGCGGCCGCGUUCUCCUCAACGGCAUGGCGGACCCCGACGAGGCCGAGUACUUUGGCCCGCACGGUGCGCGCCGCGCCGUCGACGGCGGCGUCGCUUGGCUCUCCUUCCGCAUCCUCGACCCGACCCAGCUCGACGGCGACAACGCCGCGGCCAGCCCGCCCCGGACCAACGCCGACCUCGCCUACGGCCGCACUCCCGGCGGCGCCCGCGAGGACGACGACGACGCCGCCGCCGCCGCCAAUACGGCCUGGCGGCACCUCGACGCGACGAACCCGCAGCUGCGCGAGGCCUUCCGCCGCUGCGGCUGGGUCUUCUGGUCCGACGCGCGCCUCCGCCGCAACGUCUUCUGGAACCGCCGCCUCGACGUCUUCUCCCCCGGCGCCGCGCCCGGGUGGCUCCACCGCCCGGGCGGGAGGGCAGGAGACCUGGCCAUCGUCACCCCCGACGAGGACGGCGACGGGGGGCGCCGCGGCGAGUACUUCCUGCCCCGGUUCGAGAUCGACGCGAACAUGGCGUUCGCCAUCGGCGGCGCGGCGUUCGUGCUCGGCCUCAGCAGCGCGGCCGAGGCGAAGCUGCUCUCGUUCCUGGGCGAGAACCGCGUGCGCCGGGGCAGCGCGCUGUUCCGCGAGUACCCGUUCGACCGCCUCCGUCGCGAGCGGAUCCCGCUCGCCGCGUGGGAGCAGUGCGUGGGCGGCGAAGACCCGGCGGUCCCCGCUGGCGCCGUUGAGGUGUUUGACGGCAUCUUCUGGGGCUAA